AUGAGAUAUCAAACCACACUCCACACUACAAACCCUCAAAGGACAAAUCACACACAUCACACAACCAACAGCACUUAUAAUACACCACAAAACUUCACACACUGUGCUAAAGAGUCACACCUCAUUACUACACACCACACAACACAUAUACCUCAUAACACACCACAAACAACAAAUGCAUGCGAGCCAGAAAUCACAUCCAAACAGCACACACUAGGCAUUAUACACAUUAAGCACCACACACUAAACACCAUCACACUAUUCAGCUUACACAAACCACCACCACACCACAAGCACCACACAAUAACUAAUGACAAACCACAUAUCACACAACACCACAUAUCACACACAUACCAUCACUCACCAAACCAAACCAUAUGA